AUGGAUCCUAAUCAAAUGAGAGCACUGGACCAAUGUCAUCCAGACAUACUGCGAGACGUAGACAUUGACAAACAAUUUCUUCUCAGAAUGUACAUAGACAACAUUAUUACUCAAGCUCAAAGCGAAGAGAUAGAGCAAGAAACAACCAGGAGAGCAAAGGCUUCCAAACUAUUAGAGGUUUUACCACGUAGAGGACCAUCUUGUUUUCGACAAUUUGUUAACAAAUUACGCCAAGACUAUCCUUGGAUUGCAGAAAAACUUGAUACAGAACAUGAAAAGGCGAAAAGAGAAAUACCCAAAGAUAUCAAUACAAAAUUGUUGGAUGUCUAUAACAACCAAUUAUGUCGAUUGGUUCAUGGUCUUUAUGACCAAAGCUCUGUGUUGCCAUUAGAAACACAUCCUGAAUAUUUAGUUAAUCAAAUAUCCGACAGUGUGCGUAUUCUGCAUAGCAGAUGUUAUCGAUCUCUAGGAAUAUCGUUACGUGAUCAUGAUCCAAUAAUGACGUGCCUGUCACUUUCACAACUUAUAGACCGUAAAGUUCAUUGUUUACAAAACAGUCUUACUGAAAUGAAAUGGGCACUACAUGAGGAGAAGAAGAAAAAGAACAAAUCAAAUAUUAUAGUCUUAGAUCAAAAGUAUGAAAAGGAAAUCACUAAAACGAAAAAAGCCCUCGAAAAACAAAAAGAAGCUAACAAAAAACUAGAAUCAUCAUUGAAAGUAAAAACCAAACAGAUACAAUCUCUAUCAAGAGAAAGCACAACCUUACAAACACAAAAUCAUCAACUGAAGGAACGUGUGCAAGAACUCGAAAGUGCUCUGGUUUAUCAGCGACAGUCGUCACAGGUAUCAAUGAUCACAGAGUGGAAGAUGUGA